AUGGGCGUGGCCAUGGAGCAUAUGCAAGAUUCGGCAAGAAAUCUUGAAGAAGAAGAAGAUGCGAAGGGGGCGCUAGAGUUUAGGAAGAAAAGAAAUGAAAAAAUGUGGAGAGGGGGUGGGUGCAGCACUGAUGCUGAUGUGCAGGUUCCUGCAGUUCAUUGGUGGUAUAAGACUACUAGUCAUGCAGCAGAGUUAACGGCAGGAUUCUAUAACCCUACAAACCAAGAUGGAUACUCUCCAGUUUUUGAGGUUCUGAGAAAACACUCAGUGACGUUGAAGUUUGUUUGCUUGAGAUUUCACGUUUCUGGUCAGGAAUAUGAAGCAUUUGCUGAUCCAGAAGGUUUGAGUUGGCAGGUUUUAAACUCCGCCUGGGAUCGAGGAUUGACUGUGGUUGGUGAGAAUGCACUUCCAUGUUAUGAUAGAGAAGGGUACAUGAGCAUGGUUGAGAUGGCCAAGCCCAGAAAUGAUCCUGAUCGCCGCCACUUUUCAUUCUCUGUGUAUCAACAGCUAACCCCUUUGGUUCAGGGAACAAUUUGCUUCCCAGAGUUGGAUUACUUCAUCAAAUCCAUGCAUGGUGAGAUAGCAGGUGAUCUAGUACCCUGAUAAGAUCAAGCCAUCAAGGUGUGUACUUUGUUCUUUUGUGAAGGAUAUCAAGAAAACAUGUGCUGGUUUCAACUGAAGGCCAUUUAAGGGGCAAGUGACAUGAAAGCUAAGGAUUUUAUGGGGGCUUAAACUUAAAGCACCUGAGCAGCUUAAUAAUCUAAUUAGUUCGACGUCCUAGGUUAAGUUAUCUUGUUGACUUGUGGUUACUGUAUUCCAUAUUGUAAUUUAAUCGAUUUUAUGUCUGCUUACUGAAGCUAGGGCAGAGGUAAAUAGGUGUUUCAAAAGCCUAAAUUUAAGGAGUUUCAAUGUUCAGUAAUUGAGGAUAUUGUAUAUUAUGUAUUAAUUAGCAAGGGUAGUUUGGUGUAGACAUGAGGAGCCACAACGAGGAAGGCAUAUGAUGUAUUAGCUCUUGAAGCAAACUUGUGAUCAAUAUGUAAGGUGUAAAUUCUAUCUUCUUUGGGCAUGAGGAAUUAAUGCA